GGGCAGUCGGGGGGAGCCCCGCGAUGCCACAGCAGGCACUCCAGAGUGCAGACCCGAUGGCCCCUGGGCCCCCCUCCCUCAGGACCCUGGAGCAGGAAUAUGAAGCUAAGUAUUUUGUGAGGGACCCGUCCCGUGAAGCCCAGAUCUACUAUAAGUUUGAAAGAAGCAUCUCUGAUAAGGACUGGAAACCAUUCAUGAGGUUCCUCGGACUAGAGGACAGUGACAUCGACAACUGUGAGAGCCAGUACCCUGGCGACGUGAUAGAGCAGCACCACCAGAUGCUGCGUGUGUGGAGGAACGGCGCGGGGAAGGGCGCCUCCGUGUUCAGCCUGCUCGAGGUCCUCCAUAAGAUGCAGCUGCGGAUGUAUUUGGAAAAUAUCAUAAACUGGUCACUCGACGAAGGACUCUUGGGCAGGCGUGCGGAGACCUCUGAUUAA